AUGGUAAAAGAGGAGAUUCCUCGCUACGACCUGCGGACGCAUGUAUGCUUCUGUCGCUCCCACCAGCGCGUCGGCGCUCUGUACGGCUCGGACGACGAGCAGGAGCAGUUCGCGCACCGGGCAUGCUGGCUAGCUGGCCUCGGCCUCCUGCCCGGCGAGAACCCAGAGGAGGUGUCGUGGAGAAAGAUCGCGUUCGAGUGCGUGGAGCGCGAUGGGUUCUGGUCGGAUCAGCCUGAGCUGCCUGUGUGUGGAGGAGAUCUGCUUAUGGUGAACGCGCAGAACAUGCGAUCUGCCAUCGAUCAGGCGGGGUACCCCGUCGAGGAGCUCUCAGCUCAUCCUGCGCUGGACUACAUUCCCGAAGAAAUACACACGUAUAGGUUUCAUGCAGAUUCUCAUCGCCCCUCCCUGAUGCUGAUUCCGCCUAACGCUGGCAUCUUGUCGGCAUCCGCGCAUUCCAUCCAGGACCAGGACGACCAGACAAUCAAAAAGCAGAGCAAUUGCACCAAGAGACGCCGGAGACGCGACGGCGUGACAGGAGGUGACCGAUCGCGUCUGAUCGCGACUCAUACGGUGCUUGCUCGCCCGCCUCGCUCUCGGGCCACAACGCUCGUGGGUGUACCCCGAGAUGUCAUCGUCAAGCCCUCACCAACGUUGUCUAUCUGA